GACUUUUCUAUAUUCCAUUUCGCUUGUCGACCACCAUUAUCCUCCUCAAUGCCUCCCUCCAAAUCGGCCAAAUCCGCGGUGCUCAAAAAGAGGCCAUCAAGACGACGCAUCGUAGCCACAGAGUCCGACUCUGACGACGAGAGUCCCGUCCAAGCAGCUGCGUCAACUUCGCCCCAGCCAAGUGUUGAGGAAGAUUCAAGUGUCGAUGCUGAAGGACCUGGAUCUGGAGGAAGUGACUCAAGCUUGACGCCUGCCCCGUCUCCCGAACAGGUGAAAACGGUUUCAACAAAGAUCCAAGCUGUCCCUAAAGCAAAGGAUGUCGAAAAGAAAGAAGGAGGUGAUACCGGAGAUCUUAUGGCGCCAGUAUCCGAUAUGGCAAAGGGCUCUGUAACUAGAAAAGGCAGGCAAACGAGAGCUAGGACCAGAAUGUCCGAAAUUGGAUCAGCGGAAAACAGUGAAGCUCCGUCUCCUGCUCCGACCCCUGUUCCUCCAGCGGGAGACGUCGAUGCGCUUGUUGCGGAUAAGUCUACGGAAUUAGACUCCGGAAAUACAAGCCCCAAAAAGAUAAGCCUCAAGCUCAAGGUCGGGGACGCCACAACUACGAAGGUAACGGCUCCUGUAGAAGAUGAGAUGGGAAAUGAACGAGAGAAGUCCGCUUUGAAAAUGAAGAGUGAUAUGGAGAAAAAAAUUGGAAAGAGAACGUCUGGAAGCAUAGAUGACGAAGGUCUGGAGGAUGUAGGUCUAAAAAGAGCCAAGGUGAAAAAGAUUGGAAAGACAAAGAACGACAGCAAAGGAACGGAAGACGAUGGUGAGGGUAGAACGAAGGCGAGAAUGGAAGAGGAAAAAAAGCCGACCAAGACCAAGAAAAAGUCUAAGAGGAUCGUUGUCGACCAUGAGGAUGAGGAUGUUGCCUCCACCCCUGAACCUUCUAUGUCUGAAAUACCUACAACAACUACGCCGAAGCCAACUUCACCCGCCAGACCUCUGUCACCAGUCAAAGCUUCAAAAUCUAGCAACAAGCUGCCUUCAUCAUCACAAGCGAAGGAUAAAUCCCCUGUUACCGAAUCUUCUACGCUUUCUGUCCCUGCAUCUAUUACAGCGACGGCAAAGCCCAAACCCAAACCCAAGGCCAUCACCAAGCUUGAAGGCACCGAGGUAUCCCAUAAAAAAACACCAUCUGCGGGAUCGGUCAACGGUACUCCUCAAAACAAGCUGUUGAAUGCGAAGAAGACACCAUCAGGUAAUAUCAAACGUCCGUCUGGAAGUGCAACUAGUACUCCAGUGAAUUCCACUCCCAAAGUAAAACCUACCGCGCUCGGUGGGAGUUUACUCGCUCAAACACUCAACGUGUUGAACUCCAAGCAGGGAAAGGACGAAAAAGAAAGUGCUAAAGGCAAAGAAGACAAGAGAGAGAAGGAGAGGAAGGAACGAGGGAGGUUCGGAUGGUAUGAUGACUGGGUGCUCAGCGCCUCGGAGCAGAAGGAAUUCGACGAGAGUCGUGCCAAGAGGGAGGCGGAAAGAAAGAAGCGCGAUGCGUAUGGGGCAAAUAUGUUGAAUUUACAAGAAGGCCAGGAUGCAUGCCGAGUCGAUAACACACAACCCUCGCCUGCCGUCUUUGAUCGAUUGGACCCGAAAGAAAUCAACACAAGAAAUGACUUGCCGUCGCAGAUGUUACAGAGAUUACUCGGGUUUUGAUUGAGCAGGAAUUUAAUAGACUUUUCGGUUGUACAUUAGUGUAGAACAGUCCAUGUGUUACUAUAUCACAACAUUUGCAUCCCCUUGAUGACAUAGUUCAGUCU